AACUAGAUUUACCUACUAGAAUAACCACCAUGGCGGCACCCUGCACGGAAAACAAUCACAAGCAAGGCACACUGGAAUUUGCUCUGGACGUCCCGUUCCCAUCAACUCGCGAAGCGUCCAUCGCGCUCCAGUCCCUCUCCCCAGACCGCGAGCCCCGGAAAGGAGGCAUCAGCAAGGAGCUUACGGUUUCCGGCAGCACGCUGUCUGUGAGGUGGAGGGCAGAUGAGGCCCGUAUCCUGCGUGUCUCUGUGGGGUCGUUUAUGGACCACCUCUCCCUGGUGAUGGAAACCAUGGAGUUGUUCGGACCACCUGUGCCUCAGUGACCACUCACGCACUCAGCAGUCUCUGUCUGUUCUACAUUGACCUGAGAGAGGAGAACCAAGAUAAGCAGUGUUAUGCUGAACAGAGGGGGUCUCUCUGGUCUACAGACCCAGCAGAAGCAUGCUGUGAACCUCGGUAUAGAGCGACAUGUCCCACUUUCAAUCCUCUGCUAUUCAAAUAGAAGGAACUGGAACUAGAAACACUGUGAUUGCAAUCAUAGAAAAAGUACCAGUGGUAUUUAUUAAGACACAGAAAUUGUCUUAUUUCAGCGAUGGAUGAUUCUUGUUUAUAUUUGACUGUAUUUAGUUGGUUCAUGUUGUAUGAUUUGUAUUAAGGAAUAAAAAUUGCAUUCUCUUA